AUGAACUUUUACCCGGUACCUCCGAUCAUACAAGCUGAACUCUACAUUCGAGUUCCAGAUGAGCUUCGUUGCCAUGGCAAAGAAACUGAGUGGCGAGGUGGCUUUGCGCGCCCAUUUCAACACAUCUUCCUUGAGGGCCCAAUCGUCGAUGAUCUUGGCAACCUUUACAUAGUGGACAUUCCCUACGGCCGAAUCCUCAGGAUUGACCCAAAAAAGACUAUAAGUGUUGUUGCAGAAUGGGACGGCGAGCCUAAUGGGCUUGCGGCAACCGACGAUGGUCGACUGGUUAUUGCCGACUACAAGCAGGGAAUACUCUCCUUCGAUCCUUCUGAUCGGAAGAUCAAACCGUUGAUCACCCGGCGUCACUUAGAGCGAUUCAAAGGCCCAAAUGACGUGAUUGUCGAUUCGAAAGGAAGCAUCUACUUCACCGACCAAGGUCAAACCGGCAUGACAGAUCCAACUGGCAAAGUCUACCGGCUUUUACCUGACGGAAAGCUGGAGACACUUGUAGAAAAUGGAGUAUCCCCAAAUGGACUGGUUCUCUCACCUGAUGAAAGGUUCUUAUUCGUCGCCAUGACGAGAUCCAACCAGGUCUGGAGGCUUCCUCUUCAUCCCGAUGGAACAACAACCAAAGCUGGCGUCUUUUUCCAGUCAUUUGGAAACGCUGGUCCAGACGGCCUGGCGAUCGAUGAAGAAGGCAGUCUUUUCAUCUGUCAUCCAAGCUUGGGGUCCGUAUUUGUGGUUGAUUCCAAUGGGAUCCCCAAGGCACGCAUCCUUGAAAGACAGUUGACUCAAGAUGUGGACACCUUGCCCGCCGAUGAGGUCCAAUCGUGUGACGAUGCCAACCAGCCUGCCGCAGAGACUGGUCCAACUGUCAUCUCGAUCGAGAACUCAACUGUCUCACACGGAGAGGGACUCGGAUUCAUGGCUUCUCUCUUCGCAGAUCCAGACUUGAGAAGUAACAACACCGAAUUACUACAACUAUUGGCGAGAGUUCCUAGCGCCUCUGAACCUAUUCUUCAACCUUGUGGUCCUCCUCCAGACGAAGAAGGCAAGGCUCUGUUCGAUAAAUAUCUGAGUUGGUCUCACGUGCAAAGUCCUUUUCUUCGCCGAGACGAGGUCAAGAGUCUCUGUGGCCGGGUCUUCUCACACGAAUCGGCCGGCCAACCUGCUUCAAAUCACGAUCUUUUUCGCGCAUGUAUGAUCCUUGCAAUCGGUGCAGUGCUUCCAUUCCUGAAUGGCACCCACGACCAGCACCCCGAAGGAUACUAUCUCGCUGCCUUGCAACGUAUGGGGCCAGACUUUCUUACACGAGGCCUAGCCUCAAUCCAAGACCUGCUCUUAAUAUGCCGCUUUGGUAUCUAUCAUCGGAUAGGCACGUCCAUUUGGGAUGUCGUUCGGCUGUGUGGUCGUCUGUGCAUCGAACAAGGAUUGCACCACAACGAUAACGACUCCAUGAACUUCAUGCAAGUUCAAAUGAAGCGACGAGUUUUCUGGCAAGUCUACAUGAUCGACAGAUAUAGCUCUACGGUCCUGGGAAAACCAUUUAGUAUCGAUGAUUGCGAUAUUGAAGUCGGCUUUCCGGCGGAUGCAAAUGACGAGGAAAUUGUCACUGCUAAUCAAAUUUCAAGCAAUUUCGAGGCUUUUCGAUCAUCCCACGCCACCCUGGACACGACCGAGAUGACCGUCUUCUUCAUCUCCGUACGUUUGCGGCAAAUCUCUUCCAGAAUCCACUCCGAUUUUUCUAGACUUGCCUGCAACUACCUCCAACCUUCCAAGAGUCAUCUGGCUCCUGGUCAUAUAUUUCAAACUCUCAGCUGCUUGAUGCAAGACCUACAGCACUGGAGAGAUAAUUGCCCGGCAUUCCAGCAGCCAAAAUGUCUGUAUGAGUCGCAGGACUGGUAUGAUCUCUUGCUAGCUAGGGAGCAACUUUACCUAGUCCGACGAGCCAUUGAUCUUAUGCCCAAACGAGGCGGGAAGACGCCCCAUCAUAUUUCCGUCCUAUGCCUCAGAAUUGCACUUCGAACAAUUUGGGCUUACUCAAGACUGUGCCAACAGCGCCCACUCACCACACAUACCCGCAGCUACUUCCACAUGAUGUUUACCGCUGGUCUUUCGGUGCUGUUUUGUGUUUCUACCGCAACGAAAAUAGACAAAGAAGGUCUUUCGGAUGCUUCAGCCGGACUGAUUCGGUGUGAAGAGACACUAAAGAACAUGGCGGAGCAGUUACCAAGUGCCAAACAAUAUGUUGCCGUCUUUGAAGCUCUUCGACGAAACACCACUCGAAAACUAGACAAAGUUCUCGAGAACUUACAAUCUGACGUCCUAUCUCAAGGCAAGACACUGGAAUACACGAGAGCCGGGUUCCGGCAAUCAUCAGAAAGAUUCUCUGAGCCGCUAGUAGCCUCAGGAUCUUCGAUUCUUGGUUCGCAGUGCGUCUCAGGACCCAGUGCCCUGAGUACGAACCUUGAUGCCAGAGUUCAAGAAACAAACUUUCCAGGAAGCAUUCCGAGCAACCUUUCGUUUGUGCCUGCCGUUGAGAGAGCCAUGGUGGGCAAUCCUAUAACAUUAUCCCACGGUUCGAAAAAUACGUGUGGGCCAAUACCAGCCACAGCCACUUUCUCCCCGGGAAGCGGUUUCAUGGACUGGGCGCUUUUAGGAGACGAGGCACUAUGGAAUAUGGAAUCCGCCUUGGGGGAAUAUGUGUACGGUGAUCCAGAGAGGCACAUUGGAGCGUUGGAUGCGUUUGAGUUUCAAUGA